GGCAUGCGCAGCGCGCCUCCCCGGUCGUUGCCGGCGCAGGAAGAUGGCGGUGUCGCGCUGAGGGGCUGGGACCGCGCCGCGCCCUCCGCCUCGCUCCUCGCAGUCUCCAUGGCCGCGGUGACGGCCUGGGAGCCGCCACCGCGCUGGGACCACUCGGGAACCGCCGCUUCGGGAACUCGAGGGCAGCGCUGAGCGCCAGGACUCCCGUCUCGACGCGCUGGGCCUGGGCAGAGCGACUGCGGCGCCUCGUCCCGGGCACACAGACACCGGCCCUGAGGAGAGCGGCACCGGGUCAGCGCCUGCAACGAGCAGUCCUUUUGUUGGGCUUCAUCUCGGCUCCACAGAGACCUGCCCAGAGGAUAGCGGCUCCGGGGUAGCGCCUGCAACGAGCAGCCCCCACCACAGGACUUCGCUCCAGGUGCCAGCAGGAAGUGCUGAGCCCCGGGACUCCAGCCUCACCCCACCAGAUCUGACCGACCCUGCCCUGAGGCGAGUGGGACCAGGACAGCGCCCGCGCUGAGCAGUCCCGGUACUGGGCUUUGUCCUGAGCUCACAGAGGCAUCACUGAGCCCUGAGGCCUCGCCUGGGCCCUGUCAGGCCUCACCCACCUUGAGGCGAGCAGGACCUGGGCAGCACCUGCACUGAGCAACCCUGGUGCUUGGCUUUGUCCCAGCCACAGAGAGGCAGCGCUAAGACCCAGGAUCUCUGCCUCGACCUGCUGAGCCUGACUAGUCCUGCACUCAGGAGCCAGCCCUGAGGAGAGCAGUGCCUGCACUGAGCAUCCCUGGGCCCACUGCCUCACUUCGCUGGGCCUGAGCAACACUGAGGGGAGCAGAACCGGGGCAGCGCCUGCACUUAGCAGCCCCCACCCUCCUACUACCAACACUUGGCCCCGGGACCCCUGCCUCACCCCGAGUCUGCCCCACACAGCAUAAGGAACGGCUCCUCCAGGCCAGGUCAGCACCCUUCAUCUCCUGCUCGCAGCUGUCAGAAUGUCAGAGAACCAGCCCAACGCCAACAACCACCACCCGGCCAACAACAACAAUAACGGGGCCGGUGGGGCUGCCGGGGGCAACAACCGCGGAGGCCGCAACCCCAACCUCAACCAAAACCCUUUGAUCAAUGUGCGUGACCGCCUCUUCCAUGCACUCUUCUUCAAGAUGGCAGUGACCUACGCUCGCCUCUUCCCACCCUCCUUCCGCCGUGUCUUUGAGUUCUUCGUCCUCCUCAAGGCUCUCUUUGUGCUCUUCAUCCUGGCCUACAUUCACAUUGCCUUUUCCCGCUCACCCAUUAACUGCUUGGAGCACGUGCGAGACAAAUGGCCCCGCGAUGGCAUCUUGCGGGUGGAGAUACAGCGCAACUCAAGCCGAGCCCCCAUCUUCCUGCAAUUCUGUGGCGUUGAGAAGUUCCCAGGAAUGGUAGUUGAACCCAUGGCUGAGGAAGAGGAGGAGGAAGAGGAAGAAAUGACUGUGGAUAUGUUUGAAAACAGCUCUAUCAAGUUUGAGCUGGAUAUCGAGCCCAAGGUGUUCCUCAAGCCGUCCCGGGUGAGCAGCACCGAGGCGCUGACCCGCAACGAGAGCCAGGAGUUCUCAUUUAGUGAAGCGGCCACUAAAGGUAUGCAGCCUCUGAGGGAGACUGUGUCCGAGUUUGAGAUGCUAGCCAGAGCAGUGUGGCCGCAGGAGGAGUACAUUGUGGAGUACUCGCUGGAGUAUGGAUUUUUACGCCUGUCCCAGAGCACUCGGCAGCGCCUCAGCAUCCCCGUCAUGGUGGUGACUUUGGAUCCUACCAGGGAUCAGUGCUUUGGGGACAGGUUUAGCCGCCUCUUGCUGGACGAGUUCCUGGGUUAUGAUGACAUCCUGAUGUCAAGUGUCAAAGCUUUAGCUGAAAAUGAAGAAAACAAAGGUUUCCUUCGCAACGUGGUGUCUGGGGAGCACUAUCGCUUUGUCAGCAUGUGGAUGGCCAGGACUUCCUAUCUGGCGGCCUUUGUCAUCAUGGUCAUCUUUACUCUGUCCGUUUCGAUGCUGUUGCGCUAUUCGCACCAUCAGAUCUUUGUCUUCAUUGUUGACCUGUUACAGAUGCUGGAAAUGAACAUGACAAUUGCUUUCCCUGCAGCUCCCCUCCUCACUGUCAUUCUGGCACUCGUAGGUAUGGAGGCCAUAAUGUCUGAGUUCUUCAAUGACACCACCACUGCCUUCUACAUCAUCCUUAUCGUGUGGCUGGCGGACCAGUACGAUGCCAUCUGUUGUCACACCAAUACGAGCAAGAGGCAUUGGCUCAGGUUCUUCUAUCUGUACCACUUUGCCUUCUACGCUUACCAUUAUCGAUUCAACGGGCAGUACAGCAGCCUGGCGCUUGUCACCUCCUGGCUCUUUAUCCAGCAUUCAAUGAUUUACUUCUUCCACCACUACGAGCUGCCAGCCAUUCUCCAGCAGAUCAGGAUCCAGGAGAUGCUGCUGCAGAAUCAGCAGGUGGGCCAGGGGACACAGACGACACUCCAGGACAACCUCAACAACAACACUACAGCCGCUGCUGUCGAUGUGGGGAGCCGCCGGCCCCCGCUGGCCGCUGGGCCCUCUGGAGAGGGCAACAGCCCCGCUGCCCUGACUCCCAGCGAGGCCUCCAGCGUCAUCGCCGCCGCCACAGCAGCUUCGGUCGGCAGCGAUCUGAACUGGGUGGCCGAGACAGCCGCCAUCGUUACCGAAGCCUCGUUUCUCUCUGACCUGAGCACCACUCUGCUGGAGCCAAACGUGGUGCACGAAACCAUGGCCAACGGGAACCCUCAGGAUGCUGCUGCCGCCUCUGGUUUGGUUGCCCGCAUCAGAGUCAGCAGCGACCACCCAGAGACGGCGAUGGGCUCCAUCACCAUAGAAGUCACUUCGACAUCGGUGAUGGCUGCAGCGGAUGUUUCCCCUGCCGCAGAGGCGGCCCCGGCCGUACCCCCUGUCCCACUGUGGGAGGAGGAGGCCUCUAUCCCCAGCCUUUCCCUCCCUGAGCAGACUGAGGCUGUCGAGGGCCCCCACAGCCGAGCAGAACCUGGUGGCAAGAACUGCGUUGCGCACAGCAGCGUGGCAGAAACCCCUCUGGCCUCUAGGGAGGACGCUGAUCCUGACAGACCGUUGGGCCAGGCUCCUGGGGACCGGGGGGAAAGCGGCCUGUGCGCAGUGCCAGCGGAUAGCACACCAAGCUCUAGACUGUGCUCAGAGCCAGACUCGAGGAACCUGUUGUGAGUCCUUCUUGCUGUGAUUCUGGACUGCCAAGAAGGCAUUUGGAUUUUGUUUGUUACUAUUUCUCACUUCACCAUCAUCCUUAACCCAUGAAUUCCUCUUAGCGGAGGCAGAGCAGCUGGGACAGAGAAAAGGUGCUGCAGUGAACUUCCCUGGGAGAAGCGCGUGUGUGCUUAUGUCUGAGAGGCUGAGGGAGGGAUGAGGUGUUUCCUCCCACGGCCUGCGCAGCUCCGUCGCCUCGUGCAUGGCUGCAGGCGAGCAGACUGCCCACUGGAGCCCUGCACUUGGCUCCGUGCUGCAGCUUUUGUGCCCCUGAUUGCUCCAGCUUUGCCCCGUGCGGGUGUAUUUGCGGUCUGAGUGCUGCUCACGAGUGUGACCGGGUUUGUGACAGCCCACGCCUGGGUGUGUUGCCGCAUUCUGGUGAGAACAGCAGCCGCGUGUGGAUGGAGAGAGCGUCUUCAGACCUUCUUGGGAGAGCCACGGAAGGCAGAGGAGAAACCUGGUGAAUGUUCCUUCUCCUGGAGGGAAAAGAAGCAUAAACGUUUCCUCAGACGCUAGAUCUGCCCAUGCCAGGGCAAAGCUGGGCGGUAACCAAAGCAAAAAUUGCAUUUCAGCCCCAUUUUUUUCUGUCCUUCCGUCUUGGUCAGUGGGUUUGGGGGUAGAAGCUGCUAUGCUCAGGUUUGAGCUUCCAUCCCGGCAGAGAUGCUUUUGGCUGGGCUUGGCCGCAGCGGGAUCGAUUCCCUGGAGAAGUGCUGGUGGCCUCUGGGAGGGCUUGGGGAGUUUGGCCUCUCUUAGGUGUAUGUGGCCAGCUUGAAGUGGGAGCUCCCAGCAGAAGGAAACGAUCCCAGGCGUUGCCUGCUGGGAGCUGUUGUGCAUGUGAGUGUCUAGGGAUGUCUCUGCUUCCAGAGCGGGUGGUGUAGUUUGCUUUUCAGUGCCUUGUCCUUUCCGCGGGACACGUUUGUGUUUCAGAUCAGCCCCAUCUCAGAGCAGAGAUCGGCUUUUUGCUGACUGAACUGACUGGUGUGCGAGAUGAUUUAGCAAAGAACCAAAACACUAAAGCCAAGACACUUCAGCUCAUUUUCCCUCCUUUCCCUGGCAGCGGAGAUGGAGCUGGCAGUGCCUGACCCCUCUGCAAUGCGGCUGGCUGAGCUGGGGGGCCCAGGACGGGCUCCGGCUGGACCCACACAAGGAUACAAAUGGUAGGAAAAGCGGAGCGACGCAGGAGUAUGGUGUAUCUAUAGGGCUGAGAGGAGCCUGGGGAGUGACAUGGCCAGGGCAGCGCUGGGAGGUGGCACCAGGGGCCUCUGCUCUUUGUAGGUCACUGUAGAAGGGUCCCUGAGUUCAUCCUCAUCUCUCCAUAGCCGAGGAGCAUCCGUGGAGUCCAUCUCCCUUGGAGGGCUCUUGUGUGCGUUUCCUUGUCUUCCACCAGGAAAGGGUUUCCUGUUGGCACUCUGGGGGCUUGGAGCCCCCCCGCUUCUUUUUCUGCAUUUCCCAUCUAGAUGCCCCCCUCUUUUUGGUCUUCAUUUUGUCUCUCAAGCCCUGGGUGUUGCUCUGGGGAACACAGAAGCCUGCUCGGACCAGCAGAGCCGAUCUUCCUGCCACCAGCCUUCCCAGGAAGGGGCCUGGAUGGAGACUGGCUCCCUGCUUCCAGCGUGGAUGUGCCAGAGAGCAAGGAAUGAUCGUGGGCUUCUAAGAGGAAAGGGGAGGGAAACAAACCAAAUGAUUUGAUGAAUGAAGAGUAGAGUUCAUUCUAUUUAAUUAAUGUACAAAAUGUGUUUGUAUAUAAUAAUAAAUACGGUAUCUA